AUGGAAUUUACCAAAGAACCGAGUUUUUCGCUUUUAAGUUCGAAAGAUUUUGUACCUGAGAAAUAUGUGAGAGACUUGUCACAAAAUUUUGUAGGUGGAUCUGAACUCCAGACACUUCAUAAAAAGAUUCAAACCCUAUCGGAAGAAACCAGCAGCAAUCUAAAGAAAAAUGUCUAUAAGAACUAUGUUCAAUUCAUUGAUACUGCUAAAGAAAUAUCUCAUCUUGAAAGUGAAAUGUAUCAACUAUCACAUCUGCUUUCUGAACAGAAAUCGUUACUUACUGCUUUAUCUACCACAUCAAUAUUGGAAGAUUUAGUACCUAUGAAUAUUGACCAUGAGAAUAAAGUAAAUGAAAAAGAUUUAGAGGAAGACAAUAAACAGAAACUUGCUGCAAUUUUGGAAAAAGUUGAAGGUUGCAAGGAGCUGUUGGAAGUCCCAGGCAGAACAUUUUUGUAUGAAGGUGAUCUAUUGGAAAUUGAUCCCACAGAAAAUACAGCACUGAAGACUGUUCAUGUGUAUUUAUUCACAGAUGGCUUCAUGAUAACUAAUCGGAACUCAAAUAGUCGUUCACUGAUGAAAUAUAUUUACGAAAUUAUGUACGAUCUUAGUAGUUUGGCGGUGGUGAAUGUGAGAGAUUUGGGUAAUGUUAAACAUGCUUUCAAACUUCUGAUAUUUCCAGAUACUAGGGUGUUCCAGUGUUCAUCCAAUGGAAAUAAAAAAGAUUGGUUGGAUCAAUUUGAUCAAGCUAAGAAAACGAGGCUGACCCAAGAGCAGCAAAAAAGGGAAUCUAUUGUAGAUAAAUCACCUUCACGUAGUGUAUCUGUGGACUCACCUAGUUACAACCCUUUUGAUGAAUAUGAAGAUGAUAUUGGUUUGGUCCAUCCAGAAUGGUUCAUGGAGGUUCCAGAAGAACUUGACGUUUGUAUAGCUCAGCGACAUUUUGAAGAUGCCUUAACAUUAUUACAAAGAGCGAAAGAAUUCAUCAUUCAAUAUGUAGCAGCUAACGAGCAGUCAGAUCAUGUGAUGAUUGAUAUACAAAGAAAGGUAGAACAACGCCAAAAUCAACUCACAGAAGUUUUGAUGAAAGAACUUGAGGUAAAUCCUGACAAAUCUCUUCAAGGUGGACUUAGAGCAGCUCGGAGGGCUGUUAGAUUACUGAAUCAAUUAGGACGAUCAAAACAGUCUUGUGACUUGUACCUUAAAUUGUGCAGUAGUAUGUUGGAAACACAAUGCCGGAGAGUCAGAAAGGAAGGCUCAACAGCUACAUACAUUAGACAUCUUUCAAGUGUUGUUUUCACCAAUUUGUGCCAUAUGUCCGAAGAAUUCCUGAGUGCAUUCCCAGAUUCACCAAGUUGUGCCUCAGCAUAUGUGGUAUGGGCAAGUGCCGAACUAUCUCUCUUCAGUACCCACUUCAUACAACAAGUUUUUCUGCCAGCCAUCACUCUUUCAAUUAUCACCGAAUGUGUUGUAUUGGCCAGGAUACAGUGUGAAAGGCUAUACAAUUACGGAGUCGACUUAUGUUACCAACUAGACGGGGCUUUGAGGUCAUCUUUAACAAAAUCUUUCAGAGAAACCAGAGACAAAUUGAUAGAUUCUAUAGGAUUGCAAGCUGAUGAAGACACAUGGAUUCCUGUUAAUUUACAUACAAAGAUAGCUCUAGGCAGGUGUCUACAAGAAUAUGCUCAAAUGAAUCUUGAUUUGGACAGUUACGUAACAGGUGAGGAAUUACUCUAUUUAAAAUAUUUCAAGUCAUUAUGCACCUAUUGGAUCUACAAAAUUAAAAAUUCGCCAAGUUGAACGUCCAAAGGUGAUACAUGGUUACAACUUACGGCUAGUACUUUGUCCUUCACUAAAACAUUCCUCACUCUCUUGAACGAUUGUUUGAGUUUGAAAACGGCUGACUUAAUGUAUACUAUUGAUGAAACAAUGUAUAGUGUUUUUGAAGCUCAAGUAAGAUACAAUGAGAAUUCACUUAGGAAUGAGAUGAACCAAGAUCAAAGGCAGUUCCUGACGCGAAACGCUGAAUUUUUGUUAGUGAGCGUACUAGAUGUUGCACUGAAAAAAUAUAAAGAAGAUACUGGAUAUGAUUGUGUCACUUUGGCCAAACUUCGAAAUGAAUAUUCCGCCCUAGCCAAAGGCGUUUCUCCAACAGCUAGAGGCACCAAGACAAAAUAUUGUUCUGAAUUUGUAUAG